AAAAUUCUCAAAAACAAAAAAAAAAAACUGUUGAAAGAUGGCGAGAGAAAAUAGUUGUUUGAGUAGAAUCGCUGCCGUGGGCGGCGCACUUGGCGGCGUUGUAGGUGAUGUUUUUGGAACUUACGAGGCGACUAUAUUCAAGGUCCCUGGGGGCUGGGCUUAUGAAUCUAAGGUACUUAGGCCAACCAACUAUGUGCAGCUCGGCGGAGGUAUUCGGUCUAUUCGUAUUCCUAGUUGCUGGCCGUUAUAUACACUGCGGACAAUAAGCGUCAAGUUUGUGCCUUGCAAAGUCUCAUGGUGAAAGAUUUC